AGCUUGCUUGUCAGGACACCAUGUACUUAAUAGCCCGCGGCGUCCGCUAGUCAAGCUCUUUUAUAGCAUCCUCCAGCUGACUUGGCUUCAUCGACAUUGCACCAAACUCCACCCCCCGAGGCUUCAUUUCCCAUCCAAUCAGCAACAUGGUCUUCAAAGUCGUCAUCGCUGCCCUCGCAGCUGGUGCCCAGCUUUCUUCUGCAUUUGAGAAGCCUGCUGCACCCGCUCAAGGCAUGCGUCUGAUCAAGACCUCGGAGGAGGAUCCUGGACAAUGGAUCUUCAAGGAGGACAAGUACACCAUGGUCAAGUCCAAGGGGGGAUGCACGCACUACAUCGACAUCACCAACAUUGAGGACGACUUUGUGCUGGAGAGACUGUCGGCCAAGUACCGUGCAGCGGCGCAGAAGGUGGUCGAGUACCCGGAUACGUUGAGCCAUGUUGAGGAGGCCCAGUCCUUCAUUAGCAGUGCCGGCACGAAGGGGCCUCAGUUGGGGCUGGAGCACCUGUCCUCGUACCACAAUCGUCAUUGCGAGUCCGAGACUGGCACGGAGGCUGCCAACUGGCUCUUUGAGAAGGUCCAGAGUUUUGCCUCGGCCAACGCUGCCAUCACCGUCGAGCAGUUCCCCCACUCGGAUUUCGACCAACCCUCCAUCAUUGCUCGCAUCCCAGGCAACAACGAGAAUUUGGUCAUUAUCGGGGCUCACUUUGAUUCGACAACUGGCCGGCCCUCUGCUGCCGCUCCCGGGGCGGACGACAACGCCUCCGGCACCGUCGUUGUCCUCGAGUCUCUUCGCGUUCUGGCCCAGGGCGGCUUCAAGCCCGAGAACACGCUCGAGUUCCACUGGUACGCCGGCGAAGAGAUUGGCCUCGUGGGCUCGGCCGACGUCUUUGCCAACUACCGCGCCGCGGGCAAGGCUGUGCUGUCGUACGUGAACCAGGACAUGGCCGGCUACUCGCCGAGCGGCACGCCCGCCAUUAUCACCGACUACACCGACAGCGACCUGAACGCCUACGUCAAGCUGCUGGUGACUGAGUAUACCGGCCAGGCGCCCAGCGAGGAUUCUUGUGGCUACGGAUGCUCGGACCACGCGUCCGCCGAUGCCAAUGGUUUCCCUGCUGCCUUCCUGUUUGAGGAUCUUACCGACCAGACCAGCCCUUAUAUCCACACCGUCAACGAUACUCUGGAUACCAUCAUGUGGGAUGCGGUUGAGCGCCACAUUCAAUUCUCCAUCGGAUAUCUUGUCGAGGCGUCUUAUCUGUGAGGAUGGGUGGUAUAUACAUACAAGACAGUAUGCCGCCUGUGCAAUACUCAAUGAUGUGUAUUCCCCACAUGAAGCUAUUUCCAGCAGAAGGAUGAGCGCCCUGCUGCAUUACUCCACGUCCCAGUGCCCAAGUUGUAGAGUCGCGUGCGGCAGGAUGGAUGCAGGCAAUCCUAGCCUGGAAAGGCAAGGUCCUCGGUCUGUUUCAUCUUGUGUGUAAGUUAGAUGAUUGCUCCGAUCCUCGUGGUGGCCCUUGACCUGGCCAGCCCAAAGGACUGGAAACGUCUGAUGCUGUGGCCUCGCUCGGCCGAAUCCUCAGACGUCACGCGAGCAGUGCAGAUCCUAGACUGGACG